AUGUGCGUUUACGUGAUCAUGCUAGCGUGUGGCAUUGUGCCCGGGAUGCUCGUGGCGUUUCUCGAGACCCGCCCGUUUGUUCGGGUGGUUGUUGAGGUUAUCGGGUCGGGUUUGGAGCUCCAUAUGAUGGCGGUUACGAGCUUGGCACUCGUGGUAUCGGUUAACGAAGGAAUGUACGGGUUUGAUGCGAUUCGGGUCGGGUCGGGUUUGAUGGAGGGGAAACGGGUAUGCGGGUGGGUUUUGUCCGGGUUGUUUGUUUUGUUUUCGGGUUUGGUUCGUGGCACGAUGGAAAUGUCGAUGGCCAUGGCGAUGGACGGUUCGGAUUUCAAGAGGGUUGAAUCAACGGUUGUGAUUAACUUGUUGUGGGAUAAUAUGGUUUGGAUUUUUUUGUAUGGUUUGAUGGUUCAAUGGAGCUUUGUUGUUACAACUGUUUUUUACUUUGAUCUAAAAAAAAGAGAUUCCAUAAAAAGCGAUAGAGAUAGUGAGAUUAGUUUAGUCUAA